AUGACUUUCUCCGACUCCAAGGGAGGCGCAUGGGGCCAGAAAUGGCGGUCAUCGCCCCUUUUCAUUGUCAGCGCCAUGGCCAUGGCCUUGUUCACUGACACCUUUCUCUACGCCUUCCUCGUUCCCAUCCUUCCCUACGUUCUCGAAAACCGCCUCGGAUUAGACGUAUCCCUCACCCAGCGCGUGAGUUUCGCUUUGCUGUCAGAAACCGCCAUCGCUGCUCUCGUUACAAGCCCUUUCAUUGGCCACUAUGCCGAUCGCAUGUCCUCCAAGCGAAUCUUGCUCGUUGGGUCGCUGUUAGCUGCGUUGUUUGGGUCCAUAGUCCUGGCCUUGGCGACAUCAACAUUUACCCUCUUCGCGGGACGUCUCAUUCAGGCAAUUGCCAGCUCCUUCAUCUGGGUGGUCGGAUACGCCACGAUCGCGGACAAUGUGCAACCAGAAAAUCUGGGCAAGACAUACGGGGUUAUUUCUCUGGUCGUAGCUGCAGGCACCUCAGGAGGUCCGAUGGUUGCGGGCAUUCUCUUCGAACUAGGUGGAUACUGGGUAGCGUGGUCUAGUGCCUUCAUUAUCCUUAUCCUCGACAUCAUUCUUCGUCUGCUCAUGCUAGAAAAGCCGGACGUCCAAGGCGAUGCGGACUAUUCUAGCAAUGCGAGUGUCGCAUCGGAUCCGGAACGCGCUCCUCUCCUGAGCAGUAAUCCUGGCUUAGAGGCCGACAUGGCGGGCUGGAAAUUCUAUGUAUAUAUCUUGCGGUAUCCCCGCUUCGUCUGCGGCGUGCUCAGCUAUCUUUCCUUUGCGGUUCUGGUCUCCAGCUUCGACACCACCCUUCCUCUUCAUGUUCGCGAUGUCUUCAGCUGGGGUAGUUUUCCUGCAGGCAUGAUGUUCUUCGCUCUGCAAGGUCCCGGGAUCCUUCUUAGCCCCAUCUGUGGCUGGCUGAAAGAUCGGGUCGGGACCCGAUGGCCUACCACGGUCGGCUUUUUGCUUCUCGCGCCCGUGAUGUGGGUGAUCGGCAUGCCCGGUGACGAGCGAUUCCCAUGGGCCAACGAGGGUGACCGCGGAAAAGUUAUCUACGCUGUCGGUGUUACUGUGGUGGGAUCAGUGUCCUGUCUGCUGAACGGGGCCGGAACCAUCGAGGCUACGGUCACAAUUGACGAAGUCGAAGCCAAGCACCCCGGCAUCUUUGGCCCCAACGGAGGCUACUCCCGUGCUCUGUCAGUAGCCAGUAUGGGGUGGACGCUCGGAGCAUUCAUCGGACCCAUCAUCUCCGGCUACAUCGCCGAACAAGUCGGCUACUACGAGAUGAGCUGCGUUAUCGCAAUUGUGUGCCUUCUCUCCGGCGUCAACACCUUCUUCAACCUAGACUCGAAAGUCCAUUUCGACCGUGUGGCGGAAUCCACCUAG